GGCUGUUCUGCUCUGAACGUGAGAUAGAGGAACAGCACCAUGACCGCGAGCACAUACGACGUGAUUGUGAUUGGCGGAGGUAUCUCAGGUUUGAGUGCCACCAAGCUGUUGGUGGAGAGUGGCUUGAACCCUGUGCUCUUGGAAGCCAGAGACCGUGUUGGAGGAAGGACCUUCACUGUUCGGAAUAAGGAGACCAAAUGGGUGGAUCUUGGAGGAGCGUACAUUGGGCCCACUCAAAACCGAAUCCUGAGGUUGGCCAAGCAGUAUGGGGUAGAGACAUACAAAGUCAACGAAGAGGAGUCUCUGAUUCAUUAUGUGAAGCAAAAAACAUAUCCAUUCAAAGGGCCUUUCCCUCCAGUGUGGAACCCUUUGGCUUACCUGGACUACAACAACCUCUGGAGGACAAUGGACAAGAUGGGAAUGGAGAUCCCAAAGGAAGCUCCAUGGAGGGCGCCUCAUGCAGAAGAGUGGGACAAGAUGACCAUGAAACAACUCUUUGAUAAGCUUUGCUGGACCAGGGCUGCUCGCCGUUUUGCAACUAUCUUUGUCAAUGUGAAUGUGACCUCAGAGCCCCAUGAGGUGUCUGCUCUGUGGUUCCUCUGGUACGUCAAGCAGUGUGGCGGCACUAUGAGAAUCUUCUCCACCACCAAUGGAGGCCAGGAGCGUAAAUUUACCGGAGGAUCCAGUCAAAUCAGUGAGGCGAUGGCGAGAGAGCUGGUUGACCGGGUGAAGCUGGAGAGAGCCGUCUACAGCAUUGACCAGACUGGAGACCUGGUAGUGGUAAAGACACUCAGUGAUGAGAUAUACAAGGCCAAAUAUGUCAUACUUGCCAUACCACCAGGGCUGAACCUAAAGAUCCACUUCAACCCUGAAAUGCCUCCUCUGAGGAAUCAGCUUAUUCACAGAGUGCCCAUGGGUUCAGUCAUCAAAUGCAUGGUGUACUACAAAGAGAACUUCUGGAGGAAAAAGGGAUAUUGUGGCAGCAUGGUAAUCGAGGAAGAGGAUGCACCUAUUGGUCUCACGCUUGACGACACUAAGCCUGAUGGGACUGUGCCUGCUAUUAUGGGUUUCAUUCUGGCGCGAAAAUCUAGGAGACUAGCAGGUCUGACAAAAGAGGAGAGAAAGAGAAGGAUCUGUGAGAUUUAUUCUCGUGUGCUCAGCUCAGAGGAAGCACUACAUCCUGUGCACUAUGAGGAGAAAAACUGGUGUGAGGAGGAGUACUCUGGUGGCUGCUACACAGCGUACUUCCCCCCUGGCAUCAUGACACAAUUUGGCAGGGUUCUGCGAGAACCGGUGGGCAGGCUGUACUUUGCAGGCACUGAGACGGCCACUGAAUGGAGCGGUUACAUGGAGGGGGCCGUACAGGCAGGAGAGAGAGCAGCUAGAGAGAUUUUGUGUGCAAUGGGGAAACUCCAUGCAAGUCAGAUCUGGCAGUCAGAGCCUGAAUCAAUGGAAGUCCCAGCCCAGCCCUUUGUCACCACCUUUUGUGAAAGAAACCUGCCUUCCGUUGGGGGCCUCCUCAAGUUUAUGGGUGUGUCCUCCUUCCUGGCUCUUGCCACUGCAGCAGGAGUGGUAGCCUACAAGAAGGGGCUCCUCCCUCGAAGCUAAAGCCCCUCCCACUUAAAGCCUAUUCACUAUGACCUGGCCUUGUACUUGUGACAUUCAACCAAUCACCAAAUCAGGGCCAUAGCACUGCCUGGGUAUGUGGUCGAGUUAUCUAGAUUAGAAUUGACACAAGUGUAUUGUUGUCACACAAAUGCUCAUUUGUUGUUAAAAAUGAAUCAAGUGAUUAUUAUGGAAUAAUGAGUACUAACUGUUAACGUGGGAAUCGCCCUUUCAAAGAGUACACUAACUGCCCACAUUAAAAGAACUGGAAGAGCGUCACUGACUUUCCACAAGUGUUCAUUGUGUGUGUGUGUGUGUUCAUGUGUUUCAUCAGUCUUAUUGAUUACAUCUGUUAAUAUCAGGUGCUGUUCUCAGGAAUUCGUUCUUUGAUUAAGUUUCCAAAAUAUAGAUAUAACAUUACAGAAAUUAGAAGCAUUAUAUUAGCAUUUAGUAAUGCAUUGUAUUGUAUUCUAUAACAGAGACUAUGAGUACAUCUCUAUGGCAGAACACAGAAGCUGUGUUGGCUUCAGCACAAUUCACUAUCAUUCAUGAGAGAAGCAGAGGCUAUUCAUAUCUUAUUUGCUUUUGUUUCCUAAUUUGCCAUGACUGUUCAGUGAGAGUUAGUGCAGACUGGUGUCUGGUAGAAUGAUGAACUGAAGUUUAAAAAGUCAUACAGAGGUUGAGUAAUAGAGAGUCUUGUCUACUUUGAAGAAUAUUCUAGUGUUUAAAAGCUGCUGUGCAUAACUGUGUCUGAUUGAAGGAUAUGGAAGAAUUUGAAUGUACUUUUACAGAUUCAAAGUUGUAUUUUUAUUUUUAUUGUAUUUUUUUGUAACAUGGUGUAUUCUUAAAUAUGAAUUUGUUCUUUUUAAUGCAAGUUUCUAAGAAUGUUGUACGGGGAGUCAUUGUCAACCAUCCAUUGUUCCUCAUGUUAUGUUUCUUAGAUUCUCUAAGAAUUCCAUAGUGUCAUAUCAUUAAUAGUAAAGUUUUGAAAGUGUGCUCAGAUGUUACACUUUUGCCAAACAUAGAGGCUGUCCCAGUUUACCAAAAUGGUUCAAUUAGGGUAUUGUUUUUUUCCCCUUUUUUAUUGGAAUAAAAAUCAAUCUUAAUUUACAUAGAUUUCCAAUCCACCAAUGUAAUAAAUGUGAUAAAUAGAUUGACAGACAGACAGACAGACAGACAGACAGACAGACAGACAGACAGACAGACAGACAGACAGACAGAUAGAUAGAUAGAUAGAUAGAUAGAUAGAUAGAUAGAUAGAUAGAUAGAUAGAUAGAUAGAUAGAUAGAUAGAUAGAUAGAUAGAUAGAAAUGAUGCUUAAGCUGAAUGCAUCCCUCCCUCACCUUCAUUGUUGUAACCUGUGCAAUAUUCAUUCUAGAACAAUUUAAAAAUUAUUUGAUUAAUAUGCAGUAUGUGAUUCAUUUUUAGAUUUCAUUACAGUCCUUAUUUAAACAAAUGCUGUUUUUGGCAAAAGAACAGUGAACUGAUUGGUUCUACUCCAAGAAUUAAAAACAAUAUAUUUGUUUGGUUUACCAAGAAAAGCUACAAUGGUAGGCCAAUUUCACUGUUUCUAUGUGAUUAAAUGAAAAGGAGGAGAUGCAACCCAAAAAUACACCAGGCACAGACAGAUUUGAAAAUGUUUUAUGUGUGUAAAUCUGAAGCGUGUAGAUUUUGAUGUUCCAAAGAUGCAUCAUAACUGUUGUUUGUGGUGCCUUAAUCUUGUAGUAUUCCUCAUUUCUCAAGUGCCUCUGUGCUAGUGAGCUCCUCCAGUCUUGCACAAUGUCCCCGGGUCAGUCACUGGCUGCUUUAUAGGAUCAUUUCAGAAAGAUGCUACUUUUAACAGAAUGUUUGGUCUGAGAUCUGGAAAGAUGAUUAGAAGAUUGUGUUCUGUAAGUCUGCAUUGGCCCGAUAUUUGACAUCAAGCUGUGGACUGCACUAGCCAUCAGCAUACAUUGAGGACCUCUAAUGACAUUAAUAUUUCCUGAAGUAGCCACUGAUGGACCAGGGGUGACAUAAUCAAAAGCCACUCCUGACUUUUAAUUGUACAACUUACUUUUAGUGUCCUACAUCUGAGUAAAACUUAGUACCCCACUGGAAUCUGGUCAACUGUGAACUUGGUAAAGUUAUGGUGAUUCUUGUUCAUUGUUAUCCUUACAUGCUGUAGUUGUUGUAACUCCUCUACAUGGUGUGCUAGUGAAUUUUGUCUCUCUUUGUGUGCUGCUAAUGAUUUUUGUAUCCCCAUAACAUGACCCUGUAUAGUACAGAUCUGCCUACUUCUGCCCUAGUUUACCUAGCCCCCUGCUACAAUCAGGCCCCUUUGUCUAAUUUUGUGUUUGUACAAUGUCCAAUGGUCUAGUCCUGUAAUUGCAUUAUUUAAUCUCUUUGUAAAAUUCAGACUAAGCUGAUAAUAAAAAUGUGUGAC